UGAUGCACUCAAAUUAUAAAACCUCGUAAACCCUUUCGCUCAGAAGGGAACAAGAGAAGAAAUAAUGGGGGUGAAGAAGCUUAGUCAGGGAGUGAAAAACGAAGGUAAUGGCAGCAACGACAACGUUUUUGCUUCAUGCUCCUUCUCCAGCCUUGGCCUUGAUUCCAAUUUGUGUGAACAACUUCAUGAGAGGUUGGGGUUUGAAGUUCCGACGCUGGUACAAGCUCAAGCAAUUCCUGUUAUUCUCUCUGGGCGUCAUGCAUUGGUAAAUGCUGCAACGGGCACGGGGAAGACUGCUGCGUAUCUCGCUCCGAUUGUUCAUCUCUUGCAGGGUUACGAAAAUCGGAUUCAGCGCUCUGAUGGAACAUUUGCGUUGGUUCUUGUACCGACGCGUGAGCUAUGUUUGCAGGUUUAUGAAAUUCUUCAGAAGUUAUUGCAUCGAUUUCAUUGGAUUGUUCCAGGAUAUAUUAUGGGUGGAGAAAAUAGAUCAAAGGAGAAAGCCAGGCUGCGCAAAGGCAUAUCAAUUCUUAUAGCAACUCCUGGGCGUCUUCUAGAUCACUUGAAGAACACAACGUCAUUCUUGCACUUAAAUCUGCGCUGGAUAAUUUUUGAUGAAGCUGAUCGGAUUUUGGAAUUAGGAUUUGGAAAAGAUAUAGAGGAAAUACUAGAUCUUUUGGGUUCAAGGAAAACAGUGCAUGAUGACCAAAAGAAUACAGUUACAAGAAACUCUAAAAUUCAAAGACAGAAUUUGCUUUUAUCUGCCACCUUAAACGAGAAAGUGAACCACCUUGCUAAAAUUAGUCUAGACAAUCCAGUGAUGGUUGGUCUUGAUGAUAAGAAAAUAGAACAAAUUUCAACAGCUGUAAGCAAUGACCAUUCAGAAUCUGAUGGAGAUAAUGAAGAAGAGUAUUCCAGUAAAAUGCCAACAGUUGGAGAUUACAAAGUUCCUGUACAGUUGAUUCAGAGAUACAUGAAAGUGCCUUGCGGUUCACGACUACCUGUACUUCUUUCAAUUAUAAAGCAUCUCUUUGAAAGGGAACCUUCGCAAAAGGUUGUUGUAUUCUUUUCAACAUGCGAUGCAGUAGAUUUUCACUAUUCACUGUUAAGUGAAUUUCAAUUUUCAUCCUAUUCACAAACAGAAGGGACCCGACAGAAGUUUCUUGGAUGCAAAAUUUUUCGGUUACAUGGUAAUAUGGUGCAGGAGGACCGGAGAACCAGUUUUCAGACCUUUAAAACUGAGAAAUCUGCUUUGCUUUUGUCUAGUGAUGUUUCUGCUAGAGGCCUGGAUUUUCCAAAGGUCAGAUGCAUCAUACAAUAUGAUUCUCCUGGAGAAGCUACGGAAUAUGUUCAUAGGGUUGGUAGAACUGCCCGACUGGGUGAAAAAGGAGAGUCGUUGCUAUUUCUGCAACCAGUUGAGAUAGACUAUUUACAGGACUUGGAAAAACAUGGUGUCUCACUCACAGAGUAUCCUAUCCUCAAGGUGUUGGAUAGUUUUCCACUAUAUGGACAAAAGAACUACACAAAGAAGUCAGUGUUCUUAGAUUCACAUCCCUGGGUCCUUUGUCUCCAAAAGGCACUUGAAGCUUUCAUCAUGUCGAAGGCCGAGGUUGAUAAACUUGCUAAGAAGGCAUUUUGCUCUUGGGUUCGUGCAUACACAGCGCAUCGUGGUGAGUUGAAAAGAAUAUUUAUGAUCAAGAAACUUCACUUGGGGCACGUAGCAAAAAGCUUUGCAUUGAAACAGCAACCGUCUUUAGUUGGACAGUCAUUCCAAAAGCAAGCUAAGAAGAGGAAGAGAUUUGAGAGGAAAACUGGGGUGUCAAAAAAGAGAAAAGUUGGGAGUGUGACAGGACGCAGACCAUGAGAGUGGCUGAUACGAGUUUUGACAAAACAAGGUGACAAAUGAUGACUAUGGAUGGAUCCAAAGGAUCUGAUCAUUGUGUCAAAAAAAUGGGGUCUGAGAUGAGAGAGUAUGAAUGUCUACGGUUCUGUUCAUUUCUGUUGCCCAAAUUUGUAACGUUCACUUCAACCCACCCAGAUACCAGAAUUACGGGUGGGCAAAAAAUCUGGUUUUAUCAAACUGCUCUAAUUUUGGUCUAAAGAUCCAUUCCUCUCCGUCUGUUUUCCACUGUCCAUUUUUUAAAAUCUGUUUUUAGUUUGAUAUA